AUGGAUGAUAUUUUAGUUACUGGGAAUAGUGCUGAUCAUAUCACUUCUCUUAUUCAUCAUAUGCACAAAGCCUUCUCCAUGAAUGAAUUGGGUGAUAUUUCUUAUUUUCUUGGUAUAUCCAUAGCUCGCAUUACCUCUGGUUUGUUUCUCUCUCAGCCCAAAUAUGCCACUGACAUUCUCUACAAGGCUGAUUUGCAUGUUUUUUCUGAUUCGGAUUGGGCCAACGAUGUUCUUGAUCGUAAAUCUACCAUUGGCUAUUGUGUCUUUCUCGGCCCUAACUUGAUUUUAUGGUCUGUGAAGAAACAAUCAACUAUUUCUCGGUCCUCCACUGAAGCAGAAUACAGGGCAUUUGCUCAAGCUUCUGCUGAACUUCAAUGGAUUCACAUGCUUCUACAAGAACUUUCUCUUUCUUUUGCCACUCUUGUUUUAUGGUGUGACAACCUUUCCGCUAUUUCUCUUGCCUCUAAUCCUAUUUUCCAUGCUCUCACUAAGAACAUCGAGGUGGAUUAUCAUCUCAUACAGGAGCAAGUUCUUUCUCACAAAGUUAUGGCUAAACUUGUGUCUUCCUCUGAUCAAGUGGUUGACUUAUUCACCAAACCCCUUCCCGUGGCUCAAUUUUCUUAUCUUCUUCCCAAGCUUAUGGUGCAUUCCUCACCCAUUCGCUUGCGGGGGUCUGAUAAGAGUAUGUCCCCAACUCAAGCAGUAUAUCCCCAGCUCAAGCAAGUAGAACCCACAAAUUAA